CAGUUACGUUUCUCAUUUGGAGCCCGGAAUCACGGAUGCCAACAUAGAAAAGGAGGCGAAAUAACUCACAGGGAUAUGCAAAUGCCGAGGUGGGCGUGGGCGAGGGCGUGCCGCAACAAGCAAAUGCGAAAAGCCAAACAAUAGAGACAGAGACAUCCAAUUAAAAAGGCCCUACAGAAUCGAAUACUAUAUAUAUACUUAUAUAUAUAUGCCAAGAUGGCUGGCCAUCGGUCGCUGGCUCUUUUGUUGGCGAUGCUAAUUAGCAGCUGGCCAAAAGCCUCUUUGGGCGCCACUGGAAACGGCAGCAUCGCAAGCGUUAGCAACAGUAGUGGCAACAAUUAUGCAUUCACCUCGGAACAAUCGGAUCACUCGGACCACAAUGCCAACGACUCCAUGGAAUAUGAUGCCGAGAGUGUGGCCCUCGAACGGAUCGUAUCCACAAUAGUUCCGGUGUUUUUCGGCAUUAUCGGAUUCGCAGGACUUUUGGGCAAUGGUCUGGUUAUUCUGGUGGUUGUGGCCAACCAGCAGAUGCGCUCCACCACCAACCUGCUGAUUAUCAACCUGGCCGUCUCGGACAUUCUGUUCGUCAUCUUCUGUGUCCCGUUCACGGCCACCGAUUACGUGCUGCCGGAGUGGCCGUUUGGCAACGUGUGGUGCAAGUUCGUCCAGUACAUGAUUGUGGUUACGUGCCACUGCAGUGUUUAUACGCUGGUGCUGAUGUCCUUUGAUCGCUUCCUGGCCGUCGUUCAUCCUGUGACUAGCAUGUCCCUGCGAACGGAGCGCAAUGCCACACUGGCCAUCAUGUGCGCCUGGAUAACGAUUGUGACGACUGCGAUUCCGGUGGCACUUUCGCACUCGGUGCGGAUUUAUCAGUAUCACGGAAAUGCCGGCACCGCUUGCGUCUUUUCCACGGAGGAGGAGAUCUGGAGUCUCGUCGGUUUUCAGGUCUCAUUCUUUCUGUCGUCAUAUGUGGCACCCUUAACGCUGAUUUGUUUCCUGUACAUGGGAAUGCUGGCUCGUCUUUGGAAAAGUGCUCCUGGCUGCAAGCCAUCCGCAGAGUCAAGAAAGGGAAAACGGCGCGUCACCCGAAUGGUUGUUGUUGUCGUAUUGGCAUUUGCCAUCUGUUGGCUGCCCAUUCAUGUCAUACUUGUGUUGAAGGCACUGGAUCUUUACGGCGGCAGCCACUUGUCGGUCAUUAUCCAGAUUAUAUCCCAUGUGGUGGCCUACACAAAUUCCUGCAUCAAUCCCAUACUAUAUGCCUUCCUGUCCGACAACUUUCGCAAGGCAUUCCGCAAGGUGGUGUGGUGUGGAAGUCCGCCUCCUCUGAUGACCAAUCAACAGGUGACCAAGACCACGCGAACUGCAACCGGAAACGGAACGUCCAAUAUUGAAAUGCUCUAAGCGGCUCUUGAAAAUUAACUAGUUGAGAUCGUCACAUCAUUUUUGAAGGCGACUUACUAACUCGAAAAAGAACAUGUGAAUUUAAAGCUAACAAAGAACACAAGAACUUAUGUUAGAAUGAAAACGCGGCGCAUAUAAGUUAACUAUAAUGUAUAUAUAGUAACCAAUAUAUGUCUAUAAGGAGAAUAUAAUUUUCCGAAUUAUAAAAUGUGAUUGUUUUGAUAGUUUAAAAUGUGUACGCAUUAUUUCCCUAAACAUAAGUAAAAUGAAACGUAUUUAUUUCACACAUAUAUUUUAUGUUGAGUUUAUACGAUUGGUUUGAUUUUCAACUUAGAGCGCCGUGUAAGUUUCAUUUGGGACCUAGAACUUAAGAAUUUAACAAAGAAUUUUAAUUUUUAAGAAACAAUUAAGAAAGUUAAAGCUUAAAUCUGAAUUGGUUAAAUUUUGCACCUGAAAUAUUGAAAAUGGCAAACAAAAAUUUCCUGAAACAGAAAUUGAUAAGAGUU